CAGCGGAGCAGCCCCGGAGCAGAAGCAGCCGUCGCAGCCGCCGACCGCGGAGCCCAGCCGAGCCGGCCAUGGCGUUGUCGGUGCCGCUGAACGGGCUGAAAGAAGAGGACAAAGAGCCGCUCAUCGAGCUCUUCGUCAAGGCUGGCAGUGAUGGGGAGAGCAUUGGAAACUGCCCCUUUUCCCAGAGGCUCUUCAUGAUUCUUUGGCUCAAAGGCGUUGUGUUUAGUGUGACAACAGUUGACCUGAAAAGGAAGCCUGCAGACUUGCAGAACUUGGCUCCCGGGACCCACCCACCAUUUAUUACUUUCAACAGUGAAGUCAGAACGGAUGUAAAUAAGAUUGAGGAAUUUCUUGAAGAAGUCUUAUGCCCUCCCAAGUACUUAAAGCUCUCACCGAAACACCCAGAGUCCAAUACUGCUGGAAUGGACAUCUUUGCCAAAUUCUCUGCAUAUAUCAAGAAUUCAAGGCCAGAGGCUAAUGAAGCACUGGAGAGGGGUCUUUUGAAAACACUGCAGAAAUUGGAUGAGUAUCUGAACUCCCCCCUCCCUGAUGAAAUCGAUGAGAAUAGCAUGGAGGACGUUAAGUUUUCUACGCGGAAAUUUCUGGAUGGGAAUGAAAUGACACUGGCGGAUUGUAACCUGCUGCCCAAGCUGCACAUCGUCAAGGUGGUGGCCAAAAAGUACCGCAACUUCGAUAUUCCGAAAGGCAUGACUGGCAUCUGGAGAUACUUAACUAAUGCGUACAGCCGGGACGAGUUCACCAACACCUGUCCCAGUGAUAAGGAGGUGGAGAUAGCGUAUAGCGAUGUAGCCAAGAGACUUACCAAGUAAAUGGCACUCACGAGAGAGGUGUCUGCAUAUCUUCCCCCGAGAGCAUGCUUUUCCUAACAGACGGCUCCUCUUGCUAUAAAGUAGAAACAGCAUUUUGCAUGAACAUGCAGUUAUUCGCGGUUAGGACCAAGGAUAGAUGAGGUAUAGUUAGUUAUCUUAAAAUAUACACUCCUAAGCAGUAUUAUUUUAAAACCUCCGCCCUGCCUACUUCCCUACCACCAUCCUCCUCCCGUCUCACUGGGAGACGCUGCCCACCAGCUCUUCACCGUAGGGACAGCUCGUCACCUCUCUGGAGCCCUCACCAUUGUGCUCGCUCGCGUGUGUAGAUGGGCAUUUUGAGGUGCAGUGUUGAUGUGUUCAGAUAGUAGCCCUGACACCCGUCAGCCCCAGGCCGGUGCGUACGGGUGGUACAAGGAGUGUGUGGAAGUUGCUGCUGUACCAGAGACGUGCUGCUUCCAUUGCGUUUCUCCUGGGCAUGUACUGACGGGUACUGCCACCCGAGAGGGGGCCGUCUGCAAACGGUCACCGAAGGUUGGGCUGACUUGGCUUUAUAGAUACCUGCUUUGCCCAAGUAUUUAUCCUUGGUAGCAGUUGUGGCAUCUGGCACUGUAGAAGCUGAACGCUGAGAGGAGGGAUGAUACUGCAGGAGCUCAGCCUUUAAGCCGUGCAAGAAAGCCACGGGCACCUGCCCCCCUGCCCAGCGCCCUUCACCGGGCACACGAGCGCUUUCCGUACCUUGAAGAGCUCCUUUUAGGUGGGCGCGCAGCUUGCUGUUUGUAGGUUUUGGAGGCAACACUACGUACACUUAGUUGAUUGAGGUCUAGCAGUGCAAUGAUUCGUCAUGUAAAAAUGAACACUUACAGAGAUUAACCUAAGGAAUGUAAGGUUUGUCAAAAUAGCAAGUUGGUUUUGUUUCUAAAGCAUAUUUCAUGUAGAUAGAGUGCAUUCCUCCUCCUCCAUUGAAAGCAAGCUAAAACACAUUACCAACUUUCCAUUUCACCUCCGUUUACUGUUAGGCUUUGCAAAGAGGAGUCUUCACACCUUUUGGGCUAAAUUAUAACUGUUUGGUGAGUGUGUUUUGCCUAAUCUUAGUCACUGCACUUCCUCAAGUUAAAUCUUCCUACAGCUACGUUGAAGAAUAACUUGCUGCAUGGGGUUUUUGUUUUUUUAUUGAAGUCCCAGACCAGUAAUUAUCUGUGCUCUAACGAGGGAGGAUGGGCUUGGUGAGGAUAAAAGCUCGCCGUCCAUGUAUUUAUUCAUUUCGGUUUUGCUUUUACAAAGUGAGCUUUCUAAGUACUCCAGAAACUGGUUGUGACUGCAGAACACCUUGGGUCACUUUUCUCCUUGACUUGUUUGAGAAGUGCUGUUUCUUGUGGGUGCUUUUCUGCCGUUUCGAGCGUCUUGCUCUGAGGUGGCAGUGUAGCUUAGCAUCCAGGGCGCACUGGCUUGGUGGAGCAGCCCGACUUUCUAAGCCUGUGUUUUUGUACCUGUCGGUCGUGUGCUUAGUAUAGAAAGAAAAGCACCAUAUUGUGUACGUGUGGCUCGGGAGUCCUUUGCCUUGUCUUUCUUCAUACUCCUUAUUACUGAUUUAAAAUUUUGAGCACCAUUUUUUUUUUUUUAAUGAAAUAUUGGAUAGUGAUUUACCUGGUUCCAGAAAGAGUUUAUCUGGCUGUCCAUGCAGAAGUGUUGCAGUGGCUUCAGUGGGUGGCCGGCCCGCCUGCCCCGGUCACUCACGGGCAGGCGUCAGCACCUGCUGCUGCUCACGUAGUAGCUACGCGGCAUCCGGGUGCUACGGAAGCUGCCCAUGGCUUCAGUGUGACGGGUUUGGAGAGGGGGGUUUCUGUGCUUUUAGCGGAUGCUGGGCUAGGUGUGGUGGAGUGGAGGGCAGACAGAAGAAAGCUCCAUGCCUCCAAACGGAGGAUGACACAUCCAGGCAGAUUUCAUGACUUUAAAAAGGAAGUCAGAUGAAACAGAUUGGCACAUGGACAACAGCCAGGAAAGAGAGUGAUCCGAAACAAGCCUUUACCCUGUCGUCUGUUUGUGGAAAGAUCAGAGCCCACGUCGCGAGGCAGUUGAGAGAUGCGGUUUCUUGGCAGUGCGGGCAGCACGUGGCUGACGGGUGGAAACCACCUGUUUCACUUCUGCGACUGACGGGCUUACCACUGACUGUACGCUGCAGUGUGAGGACCGACUUGGAAUGGGAGGCUCGCUCACUGUUUUCCGGAUGAUUCUGAAGAGUUGUUGUACUCAGCAGUUGGAAAGCUCUCUACAAGUUAUAAGUUUUUUUUUUUUUUAAUGUAAAUGCAAAUUUUCUAUUAUCUGUUAUUUUCUUUGACUAAGAUUGUUAACUUUUGUGAUAAAAUUCAAAUAAGAUUUUAUUUCUUGGUAAGUUUCACUUAUACAACUUAUCCCUAAACCCUUGCGCCAUCUGUAUACAAUUAAGAUAUUUCUGACAUUUAUCUUAAACUACGUGGAUCAACGCUAGAAUUUAGGCAGUUUUACUUUAUUUCUGUUGAGUUUUGAAUCUCUGCAGUCUUGCAUGUAGAUAGCUUUUAUUUCUGUGCAUUAAGAAAAAGACAUGUAGAAAAUAUCUACUAAGUGAAAAUGAGGAAAUUGACAUUAUUUUUUCAUGAGCAUUUUGAUACACGUUUCAUCCUGUUUAUUGAUUCUCCAGUUUCUUACACUGAUUAUAAUUACUGUUUAAUUCAAAGAGAGGGAUACAUUCAUUGUUAAUAUACACACCGGCGUUUAAAUUCUACCCUUUACAAGUGAUCAAGGUUGGGGCCACCAAAAAUGUCUUUUUAUGGAAGAUUUUUCCAACUCUCUAAGCCAUCACGUUGAGCAGAAUCGGAGUGUUUUCUUCAGAAUUUCUUGACUCGGCAAUGAAAGCAUCUUAUAGAAUGCUCGUGUCUCCUUUCCUCUCUCUGAACAGCAACACCAGUGUAUCGCUGGCAGCUAUUGUAUUAAAAAUAAAGUAUAUUUUCACUAUCA